GACACAGGUAGCAUGGUCACUGGCUUGGAAAGGAAAGAGGCCCUCUUAACCCUCCCAGCCUUGGCCCUGGAGACACAUGGAUGCUGCCAGUCCCCAGAUCCCUCUGGCGUUCCUGGUGACACUACCAAUCUGCAUGUCCAUUCAUGGGCAGAUGCUUCCCAGACAGGAAUUCUGGAGGCAGAGGUACAAUCAGAUCAGCUGUGAACAGCUUACAUAGCAAAUCUAAUAGAGCGGAAGUUGUAAUAAAUGGCUCCUCAUCGCCAGCUGUUGUUGACAGAAGUAAUGAAAGCAUGAAACACAACAUCCAGCCAGCCUCAUCCAAAUGGAGACACAACCAGACACUCUCUCUGAGAAUCAGGAAGCAAAUUUUAAAGUUCUUGGAUGCUGAGAAGGACAUUUCUGUCCUGAAAGGGACCCUGAAGCCUGGAGACAUUAUUCAUUAUAUCUUUGAUCGAGAUAGCACAAUGAACGUGUCCCAGAACCUCUACGAACUCCUCCCCAGAACCUCGCCUCUGAAGAACAAGCAUUUCCGGACUUGUGCCAUCGUAGGCAACUCGGGGGUCUUGCUGAACAGCGGCUGUGGGCAGGAGAUUGACACGCACAGCUUUGUCAUAAGGUGCAACCUGGCUCCCGUGCAAGAGUAUGCCCGGGAUGUGGGGCUCAAAACGGACCUGGUGACUAUGAACCCUUCAGUCAUCCAGCGAGCCUUUGAGGACCUGGUGAACGCCACGUGGCGGGAGAAGCUGCUGCAGCGGCUGCACGGUCUCAAUGGCAGCAUCCUGUGGAUCCCCGCCUUCAUGGCCCGGGGAGGCAAGGAACGCGUGGAGUGGGUCAACGCACUCAUCCUGAAGCACCACGUCAAUGUGCGCACGGCCUACCCCUCCCUGCGCCUGCUACAUGCCGUCCGCGGAUACUGGCUGACCAACAAAGUCCACAUCAAAAGACCCACCACUGGCCUCUUGAUGUAUACCCUGGCCACACGCUUCUGCAGUCAGAUCUACCUCUAUGGCUUCUGGCCCUUUCCACUGGAUCAGAACCAGAACCCCGUCAAAUACCACUACUAUGAUAGCCUCAAGUAUGGCUACACCUCCCAGGCCAGCCCUCACACCAUGCCCUUGGAAUUCAAGGCCCUGAAGAGCCUGCAUGAGCAGGGGGCAUUGAAACUGACUGUCGGCCAGUGUGAUGGAGCCACGUAAGGUGGGCAGCCUAUGAGACUCAGUGGCUCACAUUUCCUGCCAGCUACACCACAGGCAGAUGGGAGUCGGGGUGGCACAAACAAUAGAACAAGCAGGCUAGUGGUUUUCUUUGUUAAAGUGUAAAACAGUGACCAGAAUAUAUAUAUCUAUACCUGCAUAUAUAUAUUGACCUGAGUAUUUAUAACUGUGUGGUGUUCAUCUAGCAUUAGGCAGAUAAGCCACAGGAAGAAAGUGUGGAGAACCCACCUGAGUCAGGUGGAGAUUCAUUCCAUCUUUGGGGGCAAAAGGACUUGACAUGCAAAGAAGCCAGUCCCAUGACUUUGGGUGACAACCCACCUCCUGGGUUGGAGGGAUCUUUGGGCUCAUGGAUGAAUGGAGAGCCACCUGUUGUCAGCUGCCCCAAACCUCUGGAAUAUAUGGAUUCUGGGUAGCCCAGACCCAGAGAGGACAGCUUGAUCCAGUCUAAAACAGUGCUGUUCAUGGAGGAGAGAGAUGUUGGAGAGUUCAGCUGGGCAAAAGAGCACAAGGAAACCAAGUGGCAGAGGCCACAGCAGAGCUGAGGGCCUUGUUCCCUGAAUUUGGAGGGUGACUGCCCAAGGGUCAAGCCAUGGGUGGCACACAUGUCCUAGACAAGCCUUAACAGCUAUGGGAGAGAAGGCUGGAGGGGACAUGAUGGACAGCCCAUAGUCUGGCUGAGCAAACACCACCAAGAGGUAGAGUGUUCUAAAUCAUGGUUUCAUGGUUUUGAAACCUUAAGACAUCCUUCUAGGGGUUCACACCACCCCAGAAAAAGUCAGAAGAGUAUCUAAAAUGUGGUCAUCGUGUUGGGUGUUCUUGAAAGCAAACGAGGCCCAUUGGAGAGGAAGCAGCCCUGGGACUUAACCCUCCAGGUUAGCCUUCACCCUGUACGUUAGGAUGUCACGCGAGGGACUCUGCUGUCUCCCCUGCCACCAGGAAGGUGCAGCAGAAGCUUGAAAGAGCACACACAGUCUGACAAAAGUCAUCUUGUCUGAACAUUCAGGAUUGCCUUGCUAGGUGCCUGACAGAGCCCCAGAGCAGGAGACCUAAACAAUGUGCAGUGUCUACGGCACUCUCUGCGGCCAUUCCGUUUGCUCUCUGCAUUCCGCGCACUGCAGCCACUCCGCUGUGUCCACGUCACUUUCUUGUCACUGUUCCAUCUCGAUGGUCACACUUGCUCACACCAGGCUCUAAAACUGAGGCUUUCAGCUCUUCGGGGAGAGAUCCCAAAGUCCAUCCCGCACCCACACUCAUCAACCCUCACCUCCCUCCGGAGAUAAGGAUUGCAGAGUCUUUACAAAACCUCCUUUUCCCCCUACUAAGAGUCAUACUUUAGACUUUUUUUUUCCUUAGAAUAUCCCAAAACUCAAUGUCAUUCCAAAUACCGACCAUAGUCUCCAGGGGAAAUCUGGGCUCCAUGCCAAUAACAUAAGGACUGUAGUCAUGGGUUGCAUGCAGCAAAGCAUUAGCCAGCUUGACUUGUUAGAUGCAUUCCCUCACCUGAUAAAUAAUAGUGUUUUAAAACAUGUUUAAAAGAUAAGUGAAAAACCAUUAUCUUGAAGGUGAAGAGAGCUAAAGAAAGUAAUCACGAUCUGUUCCUGAGCAUAUGAGACCAGACAUAAUUAAUCAAUGGCAAUUCAGAACAGAGCAUUUACUCUAAAUUAGCAGCUGAUAGGAAGCCAGUGGAGACAAUGGAGGGACACCUAGGACUGUUAACCCCACCCCACGUACGGCCUCUCAAGCCCCCAAACAGCAUCACAACAGUACAUCGCUGCCUUUCCCCCUUUGUUCUUGUUUGUUGCAGCUUGGAGCCUGAGAUGUGGGAUUCACAUUAUAGAACAUUUUAAAUAUCCACAACCCUAAUAGACUUAGUGGGAGCUGAAUGGUUUGACCUCCUCAUGAGCAGUAGAAAUAAUUCACAUCAUAUUUUAUAUGUCCACAGAUCCUUUCAUCUUGAAGCUCUCGAAGGCUCUAGAAGACAUUUAACUUCUAAAGCUUGCAGUGUCCCAGAGGUUGGGUUACCAUUAGGAUCUUGGUGGAUUUGUGAAGGUCUUAAAUGCCAGGACAUCCCAUGGGGAAUCUUAAGGAAAGCCCAGGUGUAGGUCCUGAAGUUGGGUCUGAGCUCUGUCCACCAUGCCAGCACCCUCUUCCUGCAGGGGAGCUAGAGCACCAGAAGUCUAACUGGACUUAGGCAGGCUAUAACUCAGAGACCAGCACCCAUAACUCAGCGGGUCCUAAACUACCAAAACACUCCGGCUGUGUAAUGGCAGGUCCCUUGGCUUUCCCUCCAUCCUUGUUCUUCUGCAUCUGGACAUACAGUCAGGAGUCAAGCGUCCUUUGCCACCUAUCUAGAGCUCACUUGGAGCUGGGUUCCGCUGGAGUCUCUAACACAGGCUGUCUGGCCUUGGCUGGCCCUGGCAAGGUACAGCCUGUACAGUUAUCCUGACUGCUGCCACCUUAUUCCAUACAGUCAGGUGUGCCAUUGGCCUCCUCCAGCCUCCUCUGCUGUUGGCUGUCAGAUCUCCAUUCUACCCACCUAAGCCCCUCAGACCUCCAUUUGUCUCAAGCCUAAUUGGCCCAUGCUCAGCUUCCUUUACUAAAGAGAAGGCAAAUCGCCUUAUCUGACAUGAGCUCUCUCCUCAGAAUAUAUUGCCUCAGAAUCUCGGACUCUUCCCUCCUCCUUCACCCUUUUCCUCCUGUUUCGGGUGUCAUCUGUUCUCGGGCCAGAGACCUUUUCCUAGGUUCCUCUCUGCCCCUCUAUCCAUCAGCUCAUGCUCGCUGUACUCACCUGGUCUCUGGUAGCCUCUUUACCACCAGACCUUGGCAGGGUCCCCAGUUCCAGGCUGUUCAGUCCCCCUGACCACACCUCAGUGACCUCACCCAGCCUGAUCCUGGGACCAGCAUCUCAGUGCUCUCAUGUGUGAGCCUGCAAGGCCUUCCUCACUGCCAUGCUCUACAGUGAGUCCUCCUGAGUACCCCCUGGCCCUUGCUGUCCAAGACACCAUGUUCUUACAGUUCUCUCCAUCCCUUCCCAACCCUUCAUGACAAAUUAUUUAUAUAUUUAUUUAUGUAUUUAUUAGAUAUUUAUUGGCAUUCCUGCCUUGACCUGAAAAAAAGGAACCAAGGUAGAGCUGCCCAUUAUCCCUCUCCCCUUCUUCCUGCUCCACAAUACAGCAUCCUUCCAAUGGGCUCCUCUCCUCAGGCCCUACACACCCCAUCAGCAGCCCCGUGCCUUAUUUCAGACCCAAUUACCACCUUGCUAAGAAUACUCUUCACCCUUGUCAGCUGUUACACCCACUCCCCAGCUCCAGUCUCAGAUGGCACACUGCUUACUGGCCACACCCUAUCUCUUCUGGUGAAGCUGAGGAGAAAAUCUUUCUCCUCUUCCUCUGCAACCCUUUAUUUCCCUUUGGGACACCUGUUAUCCUCUUAACCACACAUUCUGGGACCCCAAGAUGAUCUGUGACUUUUAUUCUACGUGCUACCCCAUUACUUCCUCCUACUGGCACCAACUCCACCUCCUCACUUAUCUCUUGGACCACUUUGCAACAAUCUCCUCUCCCAGAUUUUCUCUGAGCUUGCUUCAACAUUUGCCAGCUCUUCAUAACCCUAAAUACAGUCCCCUGGCCCAAAAAGCACCCAAUCAGGUCCUAUUACAUCCUGCACUGGCCAAUUGAGAAGAGUCACCACUUUGGAAAGAGGCAUCAUGUUUCCUGCCUCUGUGCCUUUGGCCUUGCAGUUCUCAUCCCCUGGAUUGCUCUUGAGUUUCCUCCAAGGCCUAUGCGUAGACCACAUCUUUCAUGAAGCCCUCCCUGAUCCACCAACUGCUGGGAUCUCUCCCUCCACUGAACCACCGUAGCACUUUAUUUGUACCUUUCUCAUGGCACUUACCAUAUUCUGCCUUGUAUUAUAGUAAUUUGUGCACUUGUCCUUUGACUGUACUUAGACUGUAAGCUCGCCAAGGGCAGGCACCGUUUUAUUCAUCUGUAUCCAUUACAGCACUAGGCGUGGUGCAUAGCACACAAUUGCUCAAUAAAUGUUUGUUGGAUUUAA